AUGCAGUUCGCGCUGACCCGUAUAGACCUCUUCGCUGAGGAUGCCGGCAAGGCCUCUCUCGUCAACGUGACCUCCAAGGCCUACAGAAGAGUUGCGCUGUAUGAGCCCGGCGAGUACGAGGCCACUCUGACCUACUAUGGCAAGGAGCAGACCGUCGCGAACUGGCAUGUUCGUGACGUCUCCAAGAAGCGUCGUGCCAAGAACGUCGUUCUCUUCGUUGGGGACGGCAUGACCACCAACAUGAUCACCGCCGCUCGUCUGAUCGCUCAUAAGAGCAUCAACGGCAAGUAUAUGACCAAGAUGGCGCUGGACAAGUUCCCCGUGCUGGGUCACCAAAUGACUCACUCCAUGGAUUCGUUCAUCACCGACUCCGCCAACUCGGCAACGGCCUUGUACUCUGGUCACAAGACCACUGUCAACGCCCUGAACGUCUAUGUGGACUCUUCCGAGGACCCCUUUGAUGACCCCAAGUUUGAGAUCAUCACCGAGAUCUUCCGUCGCCGACACCCCAAUGCUGGCGUUGGUAUCGUCUCAACUGCCUUCCUUGCCGAUGCCACGCCGGCCGCUCUAUCCGCUCACACCAGCGACCGUGGAGAGUAUGAGCACGUUAUCAGCUCCUUCUACGAGGGACUGACCGAUUUCGACUGGGAGGAGUGGAACGGCCCUGACGUCCUCUUCGGCGCCGGUGCAGAGGCUUUCCUGAAGAGCGAAGAAGCCGCUCGCGACUACUACGACUUGUUCGCCGAGAAGGGAUACAGCGUCAGCUGGAACAACACGGCUCUGCACAAAGCCCCCAACGACACCCGGGCACUGGGCGUUUUCGCGACCAACAACCUGCCCACCUGGCUGGACCGCAACGUCUACCAGUCCAACCUCCAGAACCAGAGCAACUACCCCGACGGGUCUAGCCGCGAUGCGGAGGAUCUUCCCGGCCUCAAGGACAUGACCCUCAAGGCGAUCGACGUGCUGAAUGCCCGGCAUUCGGAUGACGGCUGGUUCCUCAUGUCCGAGGCCGCCAGUAUCGACAAGCAGAUGCACACUCUCGACUACGACCGGUCGCUGGGAGAACUGCUGGAGCUGGAUGACACCGUCAAGGCCACCAUUCAGAAGCUCGAGGCUCUGGGCGAGCUCGAGGACACUUUGAUCGUCGUGACCGCCGACCAUGGACACGGAUUCGACGUCACGGGCGCCGUGGACACCAAGUACAUGAACGCGCAGGAGGACGACCGGGCCAAGCGCAGAGCCAUCGGCUACUACGAGAGCUCGGGUCUGUCGCAGUACACGGUGGGCGGACCCAACGCGCUGCGGUACUCGGAGGGAGUGCAUUUCCCGGCACGGUGGGAUCCGCGAUACACCUUGCAUUCGGGAGUGGUCGCGUUCCCCGAUCACCGGGAGAACUACGAGGUGCACAAGGACGGGCCCCGACUCCCCGCCGUUGAGCAGCCCGGAAGCAAGGGCAACUUUGCCAACUAUAAGGAUGCGGUGACCGGAUACCUGGUCAACGGCACGUUGCCCGUGGACGCGAACCAAGGGGUGCACUCGCUGACCGACGUGCCCGUGUUUGCCCAGGGCCCAUGCCAAGAAUUGUUUGGAGGCGUGUACAACUCGAUUGACAUUUUCUUCAACAUGGCCGAGUGCUUGGGUCUGGCCGAAACCAAGCGCGGACAUGGUAAGAAGGGACAUGGAAACUAA